AUGAAGCUUAAGUGUUCUGGGACGCAGCCUUGUAUGAGAUGCGAUAACCAGAGAAAGAUCUGUAAAUUUCCUCCUGAAGAACGGAUGAUAUCCGUCCAGGAAAGCUACCUUCGCCAACUGGAAGAGGGCUGCAGUAUUAAUCAUCAUUCCAGGAGAUCGGGUCCAAUACAGGAGUCAAGUGUGAAGGAACAUAGUUCGGACUCUCAUCUUGAGACCUCUGCAUUGAAUCCGUAUGCUUCGGCCACAGGUGACGCGAUUGACCAGAGCAGACCAACUGGCAGCUCGCGGCAACACACUGCGGGCAAUGAUACGACUCAGCUUGGACCGGAUGGUGGCAAUGGACUUAUCUUUCGGCACAACCCACUAGCGGAUAAUGACUAUACGUUUGCAAAAGCACCUGAUGGAAGAUACUUUUAUAUGGGUCCCUCCUCAUCAUGGUCAUUUUGCCGUCGAGUGUUGGCCUUGAUCGGAAAACAUGUCCCAGAAUCCAACUAUCUGCCUGAUCCAUGGCAUCUGGACGGGGUCGCAUUUAAACUGCAUUGGACGUCCCUGAGAAGUGACGAGGUGCCGGACACAACGAACUUACCCCCGCUGGACUACGCACUGUUUCUUUUCAACACAGUCAAGUUCUAUUUUGGACACCUAUUCUACAUCAUCGAUGAACCUAGCUAUCUCCAGCACUUGCAGGAGCUCUACAAGGAUCCCGCGACGAAGGCAACAUCAUCAAGGCUUUGGUACGCCCAAUACCUAUUGAUACUGGCCUUUGGUAAAGCAUUUGUCGUACAGAGUAGCUCGCAAGAAGGACCAUCUGGGUCUCAGUAUGCUUCUAGGGCCAUGGCCCUACUACCGGACCUGUCUGGAAUAUACUGCGAGCCCCUCGAUUCAAUCAGAGCACUCGCCUUAGCCGCACUAUAUUUUCAGUCGAUCGACAUGAGAGUAGCGGCCUUUCAACAUAUUGGACAGGCGUUGCGUGUCUGCAUCGUCCAAGGCAUACACCGGCAUAUGCCCGAAGAAGUCGUCGGGGCACAGCAUUCUCGCCUCUGCAACCACGUCUUCUGGGUGGUCUACAUGAUUGAUCGGGAAUUUUCCGCCCUCAUGGGUGGCCCAAUGUCUAUCAGGGACGAGGACAUUACUACGGAACUCCCUUGCCAUCAUGAUCAUUCCCUGGAGGCACUCAAUAUGACGCUCCAUAUCCGACUGUCUCGCCUCAUGGCGAAUAUCCUGACCAGUUCGUCUCAACGCCUGUUCGCAUUUGGACUAGCUAACUCCAGAGCAGCGGUAUACGGAGUGGGAAGAGACUUUGAAGGUUCCCUUAUCAAAAAUACCCAGUCAAUUCUGCGGCAGCUCGCUGAGCUGUCUAAGGAAGUGACGGCGUUGUUAAACACCCAUUUCCAAGGUUCGAUCAAUCGAGCAUCACGGAUGGCGCUCAGGCUAAUUCUCUCUUAUCAUCAUUGCGUGGUUCUGACGACGAGGCCUCUGGUAAUGUGUGCCCUGCACAUGCAUAUCGAGCGGCCUGAUACCCAAAAAUUCCGUUCUAUCCCCUUAACGCCCGCUGUCGCCUCCCUCAUUCAGUCGUGUGUCGAUUCCGCGCAAACGGUGCUGCGUGUCCUCCGUGUCAUAGGUGAUGAGGAUCUCCUCGGGAGCUCGGUAGCACCUCUCCGGAAGCUCGAACUCACCCAGCUGGAGCAGUUGCUGACGCCGUUGACACCCGUCUAUGACCCGCUCAUGGUUCCCCGGCAGACGGAUGAUCCCGAAGACAGAGCCGGGGGGCUUGCAACGGCCAGCGAAGAACCUGGUUGGGACUUUUUCGAUGCGGACAUGGGUGUGGGGAUCUCGCCGACAGAGCUGUUAGACCUGGCUGCCCAACUUGAUGCGGAUUGCUGGGGUUGA